AUGAGCCAGGGGUCCAUGGAGAGCGGCCCCGAGCCCGCGAGCACGAUGAACUUCCACAACCUCAAGCCCAACGCCAUCCAGCCGACGCCAGCGGCCCCUGCGGAGCCCCCGCGGCCCCCCAAGCCCGCCAACGUCCUCGUGCUCGGCCUUCUGGCCCAUGCCAUGACUAUCACCUCGCUCUCCUUCGCCGUCUCGACCUGGAGCGAGCCCGAGCUGGUGCACCUCGUCCUCGGCUUCGCGCUGUUCUUCGGCGGCCUGGCGAUGUGGGUGCCCGGCGUGCUCGCGCUCCUGCAAGGCAACACCUUUGGCGGCACGGUGAUGUGCACGUACGGGUCGUUCUGGCUCGCGUUCGGGUACUUCAACAGCAUGGCGAUCACGACGGAGUUCGCGGGGUCCGAGGCGUUCAAGACGGGCGCCGCGCUGUUGUACAGUCAGUGGGGUGUCUUGACCAGCGUGCUCUUUAUUUUCAGCCUGAAGCUCAACAAGGCGCUCAUGGCCGUCUUCCUCACGCUCGCCACCGCCUUCUUCCUCCUCGCCGGCGGCGUGUACGACGAGGGCGUGAGCAAGGCCUCGGGCUACGCGCUCUUCGUCGCUGGCCUCGCGGGCUUUUACGCCGCGAUCGCGACGCUCUUCAAGGACGAGUGGAACAUGCCCAUGCCGGGCGUCUGA